CGUACGAGUGUUAUUAUUAUUAUUAUUAAUAUUAUUAAACACUGGAUCGAGAAUCGAUCAUCAGUUAUAUUUAAUGAAUUCGCGUGGAAGUACGUGAAUUCCACGUUCUCUACACAGACUACCCCGUCGGACAUAUUACAGAGAUGUGGUCAAAAAUGUUGUUGAGUUUAAGUAUUUACAUUCUGCUGUCAAUAGUGGAUGGUAAUAAAAUUGUAUUUUUGGAUCCUUUUGUGAAGACAAAUAUGACCAUAGCUUCAAUUGAAAAUGGAACUAAAAAUGAUAUUAAUACUAUGAGUUUUAUGUCUUCAAACAGAAUUACUAAUGAAACUAGACCUAUGAAUUCCAUGUUCCUAGAUAAAAUUAUUAAUGAAACUAAACCUAUGAAGAUUAAUACAGUUAUGAAUGAAUCACUAAAUAUAAAUAUGAAUGAAACUAAAACUAUGAAUGAAACAGUUCAUUCUCAUGUACAGAACAACUCAACUUCAAAUAAUAUAGAAAUAUUGUCACUAGGUUUAUUAGAUGCAACAUUGAAUAUUGACAGAUCAAUUGAUAAUUUGGAAUCACACAACUCCAAUCAUGACAAUAUAAUUUUAUCACCGAUUUGUAUGGCUGCUGCUUUGUCACUUAUACUUUUGGGAGCUAAUGGUGAAACUAAAACUGAAAUUGGUAAAUUAUUUGGUUACGACGAGAACACAACAACCCAUUUAGCUGAUAACAAUGGUCAAAAUUUCAAGAAUUUGGGAAUGCUAUUAAAUUAUUUUCAAGCCAACUCUGGUGAAAAAUUGGGCACUGAAGUUAAUCUAGCAAAAGCAGUUUUUGUACAAAAUGGAUAUAAUAUUACAAAAAGUUAUAUAAAAGCAGCUGAAGAUUAUUUAAAUAGUAAAAUGAUUACAGUUAAUUUCAAAUCAGAUGGAGAACAAACAAAACAUAUUAUCAAUCAAUGGGUGUCUAAUCAAACAUGUGGAAAAAUCAAUGAUAUUAUGCCUGAUAUUCCUCCUGCUGAUACCAAGACUAUAAUUGCAAGUGCAUUAUACUUCACAGGUGAAUGGGAAAACCCAUUUUUUGUCAAUUACACCAGAAUAAAACCAUUUUGUUAUGGAUCAAGCAUUAGUGAUAAAAAAUCAUCCAGACAAAACAGAGAGUGCGUAUUCGUCCCAAUGAUGGUAGGCAGCAGUGAUGUAUUGUUCCAUAAAAAUGAAGAAUUAGAGUUUAAAGCCAUUGGGCUACCAUACAAAGGCAAUCAAUUUAUAACAUACUUUGUGCUUCCUGACACAAAUGUUAGUUUAAGAGGUUUAAUUUCAAAAAUGAAUGGAAAUGUAUUAAAAAACAUAACCAAAAACUCUAAGUUUGCAGAAUUUACAUAUUUUGUGCCUAAAAUGACUCUUAAGUCUUUGGUUAAUCUACGACCAGUUUUACAGAAUAUAGGAAUUAACAAAAUGUUUGACCCUUUAAAGGCGGAUUUAUCAAAUAUGGUUAUAGACCCAGACUCUUUCAUUAGUGAUAUUUUACACAAAGUUGAAAUUGAUGUCAAUGAAAUCGGCACAGUGGCAUCGGCAGCUACUGUAGUAACUAUAACAAGAGGAGGCCAGGCUAUUUUUAAUGCAAACAAGCCAUUUAUAUUUUUUAUUCAUCAUGUAGAAAGUGAUACAAUAGUAUUUUGGAGUACUAUAUAUAAACCUACACCACACUCAACAAUGCCACCAAAUUUAAAUUCUUAUAAAAAAACAUAAAUCACCUAUUAGUAUAAUAUGAAAUAUUUAAUUUUUUUUUUUAUUGU